GGCGCUGUUUACUUCAAGAAUGGCGGCUCCACAAGUGAAAGCAGUGCCAAAAGACGCCGAAGUAAUGGUGGCGAUUUUGAAGGAUAUGGGCAUCACAGAAUAUGAACCAAGACUUGUAAACCAGAUGCUUGAGUUCACAUACCGUUAUGUGACUGAUGUUUUGGAGGAUGCCCAAGCUUAUAGCAGUCAUGCUGGCCGUACAGAAAUAGAUUCUGAUGACGUUAAGCUAGCCAUACAGAGCAGGCUAGAUCACUCCUUCACCACUCCACCACCAAGAGAGUUUUUGAUGGAGAUUGCAAGACAGAAGAACAACAACCCACUGCCGGCCAUCAAACCUCACAACGGUCUCCGCCUGCCCCCAGACCGCUACUGCCUGUCAGGCUCCAACUACAGACUCAAGCCACUCCACAAAAGGGCAACAUUAACAAUGCCAUCAAGGUUAUCGCUGGGGUCAGGAAUGUCUAUGGCAUCAUCGGCUGGAUCAAAGCUGUCGCCCAGCUUCACUUUUGGUGGGAAGUCACCGUACAGUGUGACGGUCCGAGCACCCGUAUCCAGCAAAGCGGGUGGGGCCCCAAUCAGCAUCAUCAAGAGUGUUUCUAGAUCCAGCGCUACGCCGACCAUCACUAUGCAGCCAGGUAGCACAGCCCAAAGAGCGCCCUCUGGAUCCACCAGCGGCGCACCUCUCACAGUCAUCAAGACCCAGGUGGUCUCGCCACCUCCUUCCCAGAGCUCGAUCGUCAACCCCGCCAAAAGGAAACGAGAAGAAGAGGAGGACGACUGAGUUUGACCUUUCAACAGAGGCCUUAACUCACUUAGAUUUGGCCAUACCCCAGGAGGCAUUUCAAGAACUCUCUACCCUGACUGUUCUGGAGGACUGUCCACUGAAUUACAGCAUCAGAGAAUGCUUCUUUGUUGGCAAGAUGCCUUCGUGUUGUUUGACACCAAUAGCCAGUGUCAGGCUGGUCUUUUCCAUUGACAGUGUCUGACAAGAAAUAGUAUCUUGGUGAUCCACUUGGAUGUGUGCUUUCAAAGUUUACAAGGCAAACCACGGUUUUGUGACAUACCUGACUGACAUCAACAGCCCAGUAGGCCACAUUGAAUGAUAAAUUUCUGGCCAAUGUUAUCUUCUCUUGUAGAUAAUUCUAAGUCACCACAAGCGAGCAGAUAACACAAAGUUACUAACAAUUAGCUUUUGUUUUAAUAACAAGCAUGUAAACUGGCUCUUCAUGCGCAUACAAUUGCCUCUUUUGGUAUUUGGUUUUCUGUGCUUAAAUUUGAUAAACUUAGGAGUUCUGUAACGUUUCGGAGUCAAUAGAAUUAGAGAAAAAAAAAAUUGUGCCAGGAUAAGACUUUUCCCUCUUAACGCAACCACAUAUUAAUCAUGAACACCCUGUGACCCUGACCAUUCCUACUUUACUAUUCAACUCUUGCAAAGAAAUGCUUCAGAUGAAAACUAUCCCACAAUACCAUUUCUUGCUUUUAGUGAUCACUUUUUCCAAGGCCAGAAACAACACUUGCAAGAACACAAUCACUGGUCAGAUUACAAGUUACAAACAUAAUUUUUCAACAUCUAGGAGUGAUCCUAUGGGCGUACAAUGCAAAAGCACGAUUGUCAAUAAAACUUCUGGCUGCAACUUUGAAAGAAACUCACUGAAAAGGAAAAAUUACUCCUCUAAAUACACUUACCCCAGUUUCCAAAGCAUUUUUUUGGCAAGGAAACCUCCUUGAAGGUCCAACUUUCCCCAGGUAGCUCAUUUUUUGCAUGUAGAAUGGCAUAGAAUCCUGGAACACUACAAAGAAAGUGCUACCUGUUGUCAAAUGGCACAUUAAAUCUUUGUCAAGUUAAAGAUUCCGUUGACAACAAUGGUCAUUGUUUGGGGGGGUGAGUACAUGUACAUUGGUAUAACCUAUAGCAGAAAAAAAGGAAGACAUUUUUGUUGUCAAAAACAUUCCACAGGGCAUUCUCAAAGACCCCAUCCUCAGGUAGAAGUGAGCAGUUAUAUUGCUCAGAGGGAGGCUGCACUGGCAGCUCCCGGUUGGUAAUACGAAGUAGUGAUGUGUCAAGCCUCUUGCCAGUGCAGCCUCACUUGUUUCAACACUUGCAAAUUUCAUUGCCACAUGCCCAUCACAUGCAGGGAUGUGAAUUUGAACCCAAAGGUCUCCUCUGCUGUAUCUAUUGUUAUGUGUUUUUAUUGUGCAUGUGGGACAAAUAUUGCUGCUCGGUAAUGUGCAAAAGUCGGUUCCUGAGGAGUUGUAAAUUAGAUCAUGAAACCUCUUGCAUAACGGGCCACUUGAUUCAGUGAAGGAAUUAA